AUGUCUGCCCCUACCGAUAAGCCUGCCUCCUCCUGCAAGGUGAUGUUGAGCAAGAAUGUUGCCAACCGCCUCCUCAGCGAAGUCCACGAAGGCCUCAAGACUCUCGAGAAGCCGCCUCAUUUGGUCGGCCUGCUAGCCAACAAUGACCCCGCCGCGCUGAUGUAUGCGCAGAUGACACAGAAGACCUGCGAGGAGAAUGGCUUCAAGUACACCAUGCGUGAAGUGUCCCGCGAUGACAUCGAACAAGCCAUCCUCAACGCAAACACCGACAACAACGUGGACGGCAUCAUCGUCUAUUACCCUAUCUUCGGCACCCGCCAGGACCAGUACCUGCAGCAGAUUGUCGAUAUCAACAAGGACGUCGAAGGCCUAAGCCACCGCUACAUCUUCAACAUGUACCAGAACAUUCGCUUCCUGGACGACGCUAAGCGCCAGAAGUCCAUCCUGCCCUGCACCCCGUUGGCCAACAUUAAGAUCCUCGAGUACCUGAACAUCUACAACACUAUCUUGCCUUACGGAAAUCGCCUCUUUGGACACACAAUCUGCGUUGUGAACCGCUCUGAGGUCGUGGGUCGCCCGCUUGCUGCUCUGCUGGCUAACGAUGGUGCUUGUGUUUACUCCGUUGAUAUUACCGGUGUGCAGAAGUUCACUCGUGGUGAGGGAUUGCGGAAGAAUACGCACGAAGUUGUUGAUCUUGACGGCAAGACCUUGAAGGAUGUCGUGCCGCUUUGUGAUGUGGUUAUCACUGGUGUUCCCAGUGACAAGUACAAGUUCGACACCAGCCUUCUGCGUGAGGGUGCUGUUUGUGUCAAUUUCUCUAGCGAGAAAAACUUCCCCUACGAGGUCCGAGACAAGGCCUCGCUCUUCGUUCCCUCUAUUGGAAAGGUCACCAUUGUUGUCCUCUUGCGGAACCUGCUGAGACUCAUCCAGAACAAGCGAAUGGAUGAUGUCAAGCCUGCCGAGGCUACAGAACGUCCUGGCACCCUUGAGGCCUCAUCGUAG